AUGGCAUCAUCUGCCUCCAUCUCUAUCAUUGCAGUAGCAUGUGUUACCUGCAUUUUGUUCUAUGGAAUUUAUUUGGAUAUUGAGGUAGUUGUGUUUGUGGCAGCAUCUAAAUCAUCACCUCUAGAUCCAGAAAUGAAAGCUCUGCUAGAGACGGGGUGGUGGUCAAGUGCCGACACUAACAAUUCCUCAAGUCCUAGCGAGUGCUAUGAUAUUUCUUGCACUGCCGGUGGAAGGGUCACAAAGAUUAACUUAGCUAAGAGCUAUUUGGAAGGUGAGAUACCUCUUUCCAUCAUAAACCUCACCCAAUUACUGACGUUUGACAUUGCUUCUAACAACAUCCAUGGUUCCAUUCCCUUGGAAAUGGGCAACAUGGAGAGCUGGAAUCACUUGUACCUUAGUUUGAACAAAAUUAGUGGUUCCAUCCCAACAGGAAUAGGAAACUUGAAGAAUCUGAUGCGUUUGCACCUCAAAUCUAACAAUCUCAUUGGUCCAGUCCCUACUACUCUUGAUGGUUGCUCUUAUGUGCAAGAGUUGAUAUUGAGCCACAACUACUUGAUCGGACGCUUUUCCCAUCGCUUCGCUGACCUUUAUUGGCUAAAUACUAAUCUCAGUCACAACUUUUUUGGUGGAGAGAUACCAGUGUAG